UUUCCGGUUUGAUGAUAACUCCUCCGGUGCCGCUUUGACUUAAAAAAAUAAAAACUAAAAAAGAACCCUGAAUCCCCAACCCCAACGGCAUAAGCCCGUAACCCAGUCCCAGUCCCAGUCCCAGUCCCAGUCCCACUCCCACUCCCACACUCCUCUCCCCUCCUCUCUGAAAUUGACGUGAAAUUUUGAAAUUGAAAGAAGAACCCUAGCUCCCCAAAUCGCGAGCCCGCAGCCACCACAGCGUCAGACCGAGAGAGAGCGUGCCGAGAUAGAAAGAGAAACUAUUAGAGUUAAAGCAAUGGCAGAGGCUGAAGGUCAAGCGCAUGAAGCAAUUGACUGAGGAUCAUAAAAGGAGAAUGCUUAUAGAACAGGGUGAAAGAGAUAAAUGGCUUGCUGCGAUCAACACAACCUUUGGUCAUAUUGAAGAGAAGGUACUAAAGUUACAUGGGGCUAUAUAAAUCGGAUUUUGGGGCAGCCAUCAUUGAUCCAGGAAUCAUCCAUGGCAAAGUUUCCAGGCUCAAGAAUCAUAUCUCAACAUGAAUUGGUGGUGCCUGCUGGCAUUAGAUUAUGCAGUACUGAUAGAGAUAGCCAUUGGGGAUAAUCAUAUGGACAAAAAGUAGACUCACCAAGUUGAGGUAAACAAUAAAAUAAACUGCAUUGAUGAAUGAGAGUAACACUUACAAUUACAGAAAUUUAUUAAGCAAUAAACAUGGACUGACUUGAUUCAAUUCAACUCAAUGCGCCAAAUUGUUUAUGCUGGAAUCAAUUCUGAGUUGUUUGUGCUAUGAUUUUGAUUUUGAAUUGUUUAUGCUGAUUUUUUUGAUUUGUUGAUUCUGGUUGUUUAUUUUUCUGAUGUGAGUUGUUGAUGGUGCAGAGCUUCACCCCAUUGUUUAUGUUGGAAUUUUUCUUUGAUUAUUCUGAUUUUUCUGAUUGAGUUGUUUAUGCUGAUUUUUCUUAUUCCAAUUUGUCAUUUAUGCGCAUUUUGAUUUUUAUUAGUUAUAAAUUUUUAUAUUUGAAGAUGUUUGUGAACUUUUAAUGAUAAAUUAUAGAUAAUUUAUUAGGUAAAAUUGUAAAAUUUUAAAUUUUAUCGACUUAAAAAUCAUUAAAUUUAAAUAUUUAAAAUUAUAUAUUAAAUUUUUAAUAAUUUUAAUUUAUAUUUAAUUAAACCGGUUGAAUCCCAAUUGAACCCCGGUUGAACCUCUGAACCAUUAAACCAAUCACUUUACCGGUUCAUUGACCGGUUCGGUUCUUGCAAUCUUGAUAAAUAUAGAUGCAAAUCAAAAUGAAGGAAAUGUUGGUCAAGCUUCAAAUUUGUCCAAUGAAGAUAUAGAUGCUGACUUUAAGAUCACCUCUUGGAUUUGAUUGGAUUUGAUUGGAUUUGAUUUACUGAUUGUGUCUCUUGUUCAUUUAAAUUGAGAAAGUAUUUUGUACUAAACUACUAAUGACUAGUUUAUUAUCUCUUUUUGAAUCAUUAGUUAUGUCUAAGAAUUGAUACUUGAUUGUUAUUAAUAUGUUUGUGAAGCCAUGCAUUUUAAGUUUUAACUUUUGUUUUUAAUUUUAUUUUUAUAAUUUGAUAUUUUUAUUUAAUUAUGACCCGGUCAACCAGUGACUCGAUGACCCGGACAACUGGAUCAAUUAUUGGUUUGGUUCUGAUAACUAUGGUUCAAAGUGACACAUCUUAAGGAGCUCCUAAAAAUAGCUAGUUCUCUGUUCCAUUUAGUAUUUUGCAUCUUAGCUUUAUAGGUAAAUCUUUUAUCUCCCACUUUUACCAUAUUAUUAAUACGAUUGCCAACCUCACUUUCUUGCUUUUGGAGCAUCUAUUUCAUACUCACGUUUUAUUAGCACAUGAAGUUAAACAUUCUUUGACCAUUAUUCUUGACAUUCACUUAGUUGAAUCAGAGGUUUUCAAUUCAUUCUCUAUUUGCUUUUGCAAGUAUAAAAGUGGUGGAUUGAGUAUAGAACAUCGGUGCAUUUAAAGAAAAAUGGAUAUAAACAGAAUCCAAUUAGCUCUGCGCUCUUGUGGGAUCUUUCAAUCUAUCAAACACGCCAAAUCACUUCACUCUUGCAUCAUAAAACUUGGCUUUCUGAAUCAUGUUUUCCUCGUAAACAACAUGAUCUCUGUCUAUGCAAAGUGUCUCCAUGUAUAUGAUGCGCGAAACCUGUUUGACGAAAUGCCUCACAGAAACAUCGUUACUUGGACCACAAUGCUCUCUGCAUACACCAAUUCUGGGAGUCCCCACGUGGCCCUUUCGCUUUACAAUCAGAUGCUGCAAUCUGAAACAGAGGAGCCCAAUGGGUUCGUGUACUCUGCGGUUCUCAAGGCGUGUGGUCUAGUGGGUGAUGUUGAACUGGGUAGGUUUGUUCACCAGCAUGUAGCUCAGGCAAAAAUGGAAUUUGACACUGUUCUGAUGAAUGCACUUUUGGACAUGUAUGUCAAAUGUGGGAGCUUGAAGGAUGCAAAGCGAGUUUUUUAUGAGACCCCACUUAAGAAUUCGACUUCAUGGAACACGCUCAUUCUGGGUCAUGCUAAAAGUGGCUUGGUGGGCGAUGCUCUGAAGCUGUUUGAUCAAAUGCCGGAACGUGAUAUUGUUUCUUGGAAUAGCAUCGUUGCUGGUCUAGCAAGUACUGGAAGCCCCCAUGCAUUACAGUUUGUUGCUAGGAUGCACGUGCUAGGCUUUAAACUAGAUGAGUUCACAUUCCCACGCGCUCUCAAAAUUUGCGGUCAUGUUGGUGAAAUAGCAACGGGGAAACAAAUUCAUUGUUAUGUUAUCAAGUCAGGGUUUGAGUCUUGCAGUUACUGUAUAUCAGCGUUGAUUGAUAUGUAUUCCAAUUGCAAGUUAUUGGAUGAAGCAAUGUUGAUCUUUGAUCAGUUCUUCGACAAUUCUUUUGUUGUCGAAAGCUUGGCAAUUUGGAAUUGUAUGCUUUCUGGGUAUGUUGUCAAUGGGGAUUAUGGAAAGGCUCUUAGUCUGAUUGCACAUAUCCAUAAAACUGGUGCAUAUUUCGAUUCUUAUACCUUUAGUAUUGCUUUAAAGGUUUGUAUGUACUUCCAGAACUUGAGGUUGAUAUCUCAGGUGCAUAGUUUGGUCAUCACAAGUGGCUAUGAGUUAGAUUGCGUUAUUGGAAGCAUUCUUAUUGAUCUCUAUGCGAACCAGGGGAAUAUUAAUAUUGCUUUGAGAUUGUUUGAAAAGUUGCCAGAAAAAGAUGUUGUGGCUUGGUCUAGUGUGAUUGCUGCUUGUGCUAGAUCUGGCUUAGAUUCAUUGGCUUUAUCCCUCUUUAUGAAUAUGACUCGUAUGGAUCUUGAGAUUGACCAUUUUAUCCUUACAGUUGUUCUUAAAGUUUGUUCAACCUUGGCAUCUCAGAGAAUUGGAAAGCAAAUUCAUGCUAACUGUCUUAAAAAGGGAUAUGAAUCAGAGGGAGUUAUUGCAACUGCUCUUAUUGAUAUGUACUCAAAAUGUGGUGACAUUGACGAUGCCUUAGCGUUGUUUGGCUGUCUUUCAGAAAGAGACACUAUGUGUUGGACAGGGAUUAUUGUUGGAUGUGCACAAAAUGGAAGAGUAGACGAGGCAAUCAAUCUUCUGCAUGAGAUGAUAGAAUCUGGUGAAAAGCCAAAUGAAAUCACCAUUCUAGGUGCUCUUACGGCUUGUAGGCAUGGUGGCCUAGUUGAAGAGGCAUGGGCCAUAUUUGAUUCUGUUGAAACAGACCAUGGAUUGAAAAGGUGCCUAGGGCAUUACAGUUGUAUGGUUGAUCUACUUGGUCAAGCAGGACGCUUCGAAGAAGCACUAAAAUUGAUUAGUGACAUGCCAUUUAAGCCUGACAAGACGAUAUGGUUCUCCUUGCUUGGCGCUUGUGGAACUCACAAGAACCAGUAUCUUGCUAAUGUUGUUGCUGAGCAUCUUCGUGCUACAUUUCCAGAAGAUGCUUCUGUAUAUGUAAUGCUGUCAAACGUUUAUGCAACUCUUGGAAUGUGGGAUAGUUUAAGCGAAGCAAGGGAAGCCUUGAAAAAAGUAGGCUUAAAAGGAGCUGGUAAAAGCUGGAUUGAGAUCUCAAGUUGACAAUGCUGGUUUUGUUAAUGGCUUGGUUCAGCUAGCUUCCCCCAGGUUCAUAGUGUGUGAUUUUUCAAGAUGCAUUGCCGACUGUUCUAGUUUAAUAGCUAGUCUGGACCAUCAAAGCCAGUCUAUAUUAUAAUUUGGAGACUGCAAUAGUUCAAUGAGAAGGUAAAAAGCAUAUAUCACAUUUUAAAUGGCAGCAGGUAGCAGAUAUUACCACCUAGUGGGAUAGGCUUUGUUGUUGGUGUUUGUUGUUGUAGCAGAUACUGCACUUUAAAAAUGCAUGAGUUGAUGCGCUGCGCUGAAUGCAGCAGUUCCCUCUGAUAAGAUUGUUAUACCUGCUAUUUCCACAAGGCCUCAUGCAUCAAGUGAUUGCAUCCCCCAAUGAAAUAUGAAAAGGGCUUUUUACAGAAGUCAUCAAGUCUCCACUUUUAUUUUAACAUGGUUGAUCAGCUUGACAUUUUCAGCAUAUCAUUGGAAAGCUUCCAUCUGAUGAGAUUGAGCAUGUGAUUAAGACACCACAAAGCAGCAUUGAGAGUUUGUUGGGGCAGAUACAAACAUCUCUUGAGCCAUGUCCACCAUUGAUUGUGAUCACAGAUCAGAGAGGAUUUUGGUUACGUGGUCAGAGCCCAUCCCCCGAGGGUCAUUUUAUGCCGUGGUUUGGACAUUAUGAAGCUGCAUCCAGGCAUAAUCUCAGGUCUUUCUUCCAAGCCAAAGCCAUAAUAUUGAAUACAGCAAUAUAAAAAGGGUGAAAGCCCACUAUACACUUCUUUUUCUUUCAUUUUCUUGUUACGUUUUUACCAACUGAUGCUUUAAAACCACUGGUUAAUUUCUAAAUUGAAAACUUUCAUUGAAAUAAAUGAAAUUUAACUUCUACUAUUAAAAUUCUUAACCAGAAUCCUUAAAAAAAUUAGUCAGCAAAAUGCUACUACAGAAUUCCAUUCUGACACCAUGGCAAAUUGCUAGCUAGCGAUAAUGCAAGAUUCCUAUUCCUUAAAUUAUACCCAAAUGAGAAAACCUAGUACAUAGAGCUGGAAGAACAUGAACCCUAGAAGAACAUAGGUAAGAACAACACAAAAGUGGUCCUAAAACAAUUAGAUUAUGCCCUGUCCAAACAUGGGCAGAGCAAUUAUCACCACAUAGCAAAAACAAUGAACAUGGUAGACCCCACAAGUGAACCCCACCUCACAAUUCAUCACAGUGGCUGCUCUGCAUAAGGCCGACUCAUUGCUAUGAUGUGCUAUUGUAAUGUCUCUACCAUGCAUGCUAGUGGCAGUGCCUUGUAUGGAAUUUAUUUCUUGAAGUCUUCCCACGGAAUUUUUAUUCCCUUGGCCAAGUUUAUGAUUUUUUUUUUCUGUAUCAAUCAUUACUCUCACCAUGUCUUAAGGCACAGGCUUCAUGUUUCUGAGUCUGACUUUCCUUUCUCCUUUAAAAGAGCCUUCCAUUUUGUUUCGGUCUUCAGUCACAAGCAUGACAUGUCAAGUUGUUGUGAUAAUGUGUUCCCUUCACAGCUUCCAAUAACUGCAAAGCACAAACUGCAAAAGUUACCGCGAAACUCCCACGCCACAAUUUUUUCUGCCCGCCCUUUUCGCGCCAUAUUUGGUUAGCUAUAAUGAGGUUCAGAAUAUCUUAAUGGUAAAG